GUAAACAAUAGCGCAAUGAGUGUCGUUUCCGUGCAAUUGUCUCCGUAAAACGUUGGAAUAGGUGACUAAACUGAUAUUUUGUUAGAUUAGGCUUCUUAUCUGCUUUUAUAUAAUUUUCAAUUACGUCCUAGUUUGUCAUUUUUAUAGAAUGCCAAUUUUCGUUGUACGAUCAACCUGAUUUGUUGAUGAAAUUGUGUUUUAAAGGAAACUAAAAAUGGGAGAUGAUAAGGUAUUACAAGUGCGCUCUGCUAACUCAAACCAAAAAUUCAAACCACAAAACAGAAAGAAACUAACACAACGAGAAGUAAAUGCUUUGCCACCAGUCCAGAGAGGUAGAUACUUAGCGUAUGAAGAACCUUCUAAAUCUACAUUGGAGGCAAUAGCUAAUUCUAAGAAACGAAUUCAAGAAAAAUCAAAGAAAUUAGCAGAUAUUGAAAAAAUUCAAAAUGUUGUUGAUCUAGAAAAGGAGAAGCACAGCCAACUUAUAGGCCAGUUAAAAGCAGCAGAAGCAAGGAAUCGUUUGCGUGUCAUAAGACUAAGAUACCAGACAAAUAGAGCCCAGGAAGUGAAGCACUUGAUAUCGUGCCAACCUACAGCCAUCAAAGCUGUUCGUCUCCAGGUUUUAGUUCCACCAUACCCUGAUGCUGAGAGCCCAGGAGAUAAUAUUGAUAAGCUUGAACGUAAACGAAUUGAAGAACUGCUUGAAGAUGAAGCUUGCUUGACAACAGACAGAGAACUGUCAUGAGAACGCUGAACAUGAGAUCAAUGAACAAUCUCUAAAUUUGUGGCAUCUGUGAGAUGAAUAUGUGAAUGCUUUCAGACUUCAUCUAACCAUGAUCUAACUCGCAAAUUCAACACCUUUCAGGAAAUACAUUUUGUUUUCUUGGAAACCUAUAAAUCAUGGAUGCAUUUUAACACAAAUAUAAACUGUUGUAUGACUUAUAAUUUUUGUUGCAUGCUUCUUGUACUAUCAUGAAUUAUAAUUGUUCGGUAAACAGAUAUUUAAAAAAGAUGUGUUGACCAUAACAAUAUUUAAUGGAUUGUGAUAACAGAAAAUGGCAGAUUCAUUGCUACUGCUAAAUUUACUACAAAAAAGUGCAAUAUUUAAGAAAAGUUAUCUCACCCCCCCCCCCCACCCUGGACAGCCAAACAUUUACCAUGCAUUUACAUAGUGAUGGAGUACGUUUGAAGAUGUUUGCAAUGUUGGGACCUUGUGUCUAUGAGCAUAGUGGUGGAUCCAGGAAUUUGAAAUAGAGGCGGGGGGGGGGGGCAGAGAGGGACUUUCACAAAUGGAGGGUCUAUACUACCUCAGCCCCACCAUAGAUGGGGCU